CGCAAAUUACAAAACGCGUGAAGCUUGUGUCAAGUAAGUUUCCGUACUUUUUUUGUCACGUGUGCUUUGUUUAAGGAAGAGCGUAUAAACAGGCACGUUUUACAGGUUCAGCUCAGCUUUCUGUUGUUUUUAAUGGUUAUGGUUAAUAAUAGUUAUCACGCCAAAUUUAAAAGCAGAAGCAACGCUUAAAUAUACGCUUUAACACAGCUAACUACUUGACGUUUCUCUAACUUGCAUUUGGAUGGUGCAAAUUGCAUCUGUCUGUGUCCAGCUCAGCUGUCAAACUGUUAUCUGGUGAUAUGCGGUCCUUGAGCUAUGUUCAGCGUGUUAGUUUGGAUUUCACUGGAACCCUUUUCCCUCAUGCAAUUUGUCUUGGUGAUGCGGACAAUGACUCGGUAAAGUGUCAGCAGCUAAACAAUUAUUCAGGGAUCUUUCCUUAGGUCCCAUGUUUUCAGACAUUGGCAAUCCUUGCAAAAAUGUGUGUAGUCUCAAUGCUCACGGUGUUAGUGUAUCCACCUCCUAGGGCCAGUUAUACAUAUUGUAGGCGAACCAAUGACAUGUAUCAACUUGUUUUUUUUAAUCAGUUAUUUCCCCCCUAUGUGGCAACAUAUAAAUCAUUUUUCCGAAGUCAUAGACUUCACUUGCCCAUUCAUUGUCCAGCUGUGCCUUUCUAGUCCCUGUACUGUAAAUAGCAACUCCUGCUUUAGAGGGUCUCUGACUCAUUCCCUCCAGUCACGAUAAGAGGGCUAAGAGUGAAAUAGUAGAUGCCAUAACAGUACUCUUAUCACGUUCCUUGAUCUUCAGCAUAUUUAUCACAACAUGUCUUAUAUCUAUGGAAACAAAAUGUCCUGACUGUGACUACCCAUGGCCUUGACACCAAAACCUUGACAUUAACUGUGUUAUUCUUUUUUAACAGCUGAAUGAACUUAUCGUGGGUGACACCAGUGGAAAGCUGCAUGUGUACAAGAAUGAUGACUCCAAGCCUUGGAUCACUAGAACAUGUGUGGGCAUGGUAAGUGGCUGCUUAGCGGGCAUUUGAUCACCCCUCUUUGAGUUUAAAUGUCGGCACAUUAAGUACAAGUGGCAUAAAAGAGGGAAUUUGAACACCACUGCCUAUUGGUAUUUUUGCAGAUUUAGACAAAUAUUUAAUGAGUUAUCUUUUUUGUUUCUUUUUUAGCUCACCUGUGUUGGUGUUGGAGACAUCUGCAACAAAGGAAGGGUGAGUGUGCAAAAACUGUGCAUAGUCCUCGAGUCAGAUGAGGAAUAUUUGUGUGUAAUUUCCCCCUUGCAUCCAAUGAGUGCUAUCACUAACUAUUCACUGCCUUUACUUAUCCAUCAGAACUUUGUAGUUGCUGUGGGUGCAGAGGGAUGGUUUCACCUGUUUGACCUGUCUGCAGUGGGUGGAGCCAAGUCAGAUUCAUCCAGCCAGCAGGAGGCGCUAUUCUCUGAUGACCAGAAGCCCUGCUUCUCUCAGCACAUUCCUGCCAACACCAAAGUCAUCCUUAUUAGUGACAUAGGUAACCGCUCUGUUCUGCACCCAUUUCGUCCUAGAUGUAGGCAACCUCAAUGCAAUUGACUGCUUCUGUUUUGACUGCUUUAUUCUCAACCGUGUGUGUGUGUGUGUGUGUGUGUGUGUGUGUGUGUGUGUGUGUGUGUGUGUGUGUGUGUGUGUGUGUGUGUGUGUGUACACGCUUUGCAGAUGGGGAUGGGCGCAGUGAGCUUGUAGUGGGCUACACAGACCGUGUGGUGAGAGUGUUUCGCUGGGAGGAGCCCACCGAUUCUUCAGACCUGGGCUCUGGACAGCUGGUUCUGCUGAAGAAGUGGCUUCUGGAGGGACAGGUAGGUCUAUACACAAACAUGGAAUAUGUCAAUCAAAGACUGAAAAACUCCUGAGGGGUAUCCUACGAAGUAAUCUACUCAGGGUUUUCUAAAACUUACCAGCUUCAGCUAGCUUUACAUUCUAGCUCAGGCUUCGUCCAUACUACGACGGUGGAUAUUGUUUGUCCGCCUGCCACUGACUCUAGCAGGCUUGUAACUGCGCGUGCAUGUUGCUCAUGGUUAGUCGAAAGCCAAACUCUUCAUUGAGACAAUGCUGAAACAUUAAUCCAAGAAUGAGUCAGUGCCACAUUUUAAUUUGUUCAGUAAAUAAAAAUGAAAGAAAAGUUAUUUUGCGAGUUCAGCAGGCUAUGGUGUGAAAUAGGCUUUUAGAAGUGCCGUCUUUAUUUUCUAACUAAUCGUUAAUACCGUCUUUGGUGUGCUUAUCAAUGCACAAGCAGCUUUUUUCCCACUCCUAUUUAUAUUUGUUAUUUAUUAAGUCAUACAAAAGUGUUACAUAGCGUGAAGUUUAAAAUGCAUUCUAUCAUUACUAAAUGUGUAAUAUGAUAUAUUUUAACAUUACUAUUUUGUAAAGACUCAAUCUUUGCAAGAGGGAAGGAAUCUGAUUUACAUUAAUUGGUCCUCAACUCGUGGCUCAGUCAUUUUAUUCAGGGUAAGUGGAGUUAUCUGUGAGUUAGCCUGCCCCGUAGCAGGUUCCUUCUGAAGGAUUCGUUGCCAUAGAAAUUGACCUGGCUAAAAGGUGAUCCACUUUCUUAUGACCGGUUAUCCCGAGUUGAACUCAGAGUUGACCAAAGUUAACUCACUAACUCCGCAAACCUGCUUCGUAUGAAACCCUUCUGGCUCUACAUAUAAACCACACAAAACACUGGAUGAUUUCACAUCCUGUACAGUGUACACUCUACUAUUGCUAAUCCAUUAUUUCUUCCUGUGACAGGUGGACAGCCUGUCAGUGAACCCUGACCCCGAGGGUCUUCCUGAACUGAUGGUGUCCCAGCCUGGCUGUGGCUAUGCCAUCCUGCUGUGCACAUGGACACAACAGGGCUUCUCUGAGGCGGGGCCUGGGGAGGAGGCCCCACCCACUCCUGGCAGGUACAGACCACUGGACAUGCAGAGGACCUAUUGCAUAUAUUGAUACAUACAGUACACAGUAGUAGACAUGUAACAGAGCUUUGGCUGUCUAAUGAUAGAUAAGCUGUGCCAGUUCAUGUUGGUAUCGUCCUGUGUUUGUAAUGUGCCUUUCACAGCGAGGGUCCCGCCAGAGACGUCAUUCUGCAUCUGACCACUGGUCGGAUCCACAACAAGAACGUCUCCACUCAUCUCAUCGGGAGCAUAAGCAGAGGCUCCAAAGGAGACUCCUCUAAAUGCGGCCUGUUUGCCCUCUGCACUCUAGAUGGUAAGUGUCUUAGUUAAGUUGUUCAGAAGAGCACCGCUGCGUCAUUCACUAAUUACACCACUGACCUUUUGUACUCAGUCCGUCUCAUAACGGAAUCCUAAUGAGGAUGUGUUCAGAUAGGACAUGUUAACAACACGGCAGUCAAUUAUCUUCUAAAAUAAUGAGCGACAUUUUUUACAUUUAUGUAGUUCUGUCCUUGAGCUGUUGUCUAUUAAUGUUCUGUAUUAUGUCAUGUUUCAUGUUUUGUGUGGACCCCAGGAAGCGUAGCUGCUGCUUUUGCAACAGCUAAUGGGGAUCCUAAUAAAAUACCAAAAAUCAUAACCUCACUGGGCUCAGCAAAAAAAAAAGAGGUACUUCCACUCUGCUGUUAUGUGAGUUUUUCAUAGUGAUGAUGAGCAGAUCGAAGGUUUAUAUGACUUGUCGUUGUGGAGAUACCUGGCUGAUCUGUUUAUCUCAAAAGCAAUGACCCUGUAUAUUAAUCCUCCUUAUAGAACCUGAACAUGUCUGACAGGCAGUGUAUCUGCCAGCUCACAGAGCUGCCUAGCCUGCUCCGCUGCCCCCUUAAGGUGAAAAGGAAGACCAUUCUUACUCUCACCAAUUAAUGUUUUUAACAAGGUCACUCAGAACUAGGAAAGGCAUGUAGAAGGGAGGGAGGUGUUGUGGGUCUGUGUUACCAGAGGAGACUGGUUUGUUGUAGCUGAGCAGGCUGAGGGCCCUGUGAGCUCCUGGAAAGACUAUCAAUAUUUAAAGAAGAGGGGAACCAAUAUGAUUAUCUUACUAGAGAGUCUGGGCCAGUCACAGAUACGCUAAUAAUGAUGCUGCAAGAGAGGGCUUGACAUGCCUGUGUGACCUAAUUAGGAUCAACGUUUGAGGAAUUUUGUUGAGGGAAUAGUGAAAUGUAACCACAUCAUAUUUCAGCCAUUUUAUUUAAACAAUUCUACAUUUAAGGUUGGAAAAACAGGUGACUUAUGAUGUUGCAGUUUAAAUUGAAGACGAUUUUUCCAAGUAUUUGGAUUUAGAUUCAAAGCUUGUUGGUGUUUGCAGGAGAGAUUGAGUGACAGAAAUGGUGUUGAAUAAAGGUUACCUUCAAUUUUGCCCUAUUUCCUUGCUUCGAACUCAGGGAUGGAGACAUUUAGAUGACUAUGCUGGGGUCUGUCACUCAGAGUGCUGCUAUAACCAUAAAAAUAAUUCAUUCCAUUUCUAUGGCUUUAAUGUUUUCCUUAACCCUGUGAGAACCAGUGAUCUGCAGGUCUUGGGUUGUUUAAGUUCUGUGUUUUUUCUCAGACUGUUGUAUUAUAUGCAGUUUAAACAAUACUCUUGAUGCCAUUAACAAUAUUAAGCAUAAAAUGUUAGUCAUUUUUAGUAUGUGAAUUGUGUGUUUUUCUGUUCCAGGCACACUGAAACUGAUGGACAGUUCAGAGCAGUUGAAGUGGUCAGUGCAGGUGGCUCACCAGCUCUUUGCUCUGCAGAAGCUGGACGUCACAGUGAGUUAACAAACACAAUAUACGUUUUUAUAGUGACUGUCUGUGCCCGUGUGGUUUUUGACAUUGUGACUGUGCCUCUGUCUUCAGGGCGACGGCAGAGAGGAGGUGGUGGCGUGUGCCUGGGAUGGUCAGACCUACAUCAUCGACCACAACCGCAUGGUGGUGCGGUUCCAGUUUGACGAGAACGUCAAUGCUUUCUGUGCAGGUGAGAUCUCAUUCUGAACCACUCAUUCUUGUCAGAUCCCUCACCUAUGUACACCUGAUUUACGUGAUGACUAAGCAAAUGAUAUAGACAGUAUUAGUACAGUUUCCAGCUCAUGUCACCAUUAGAUGGCAGUAUUGGACUUCAGGCUCACAUAAACAAGCUUCAUCGUCUGGAUCUCCGUCUAUCUUGCUCUCUGUCAAAUGCUGUCUCUCCAAUUUCUGCACGAGCCCCAGUGCCUCUCUGAGAGCAGAGCGAGAUCAUAUUGUUAUCUAAUACGAGGAUUAAAGAAAUGGCCAAGAUAAUCGAAUCCCCAAAAAAUGUAAUAAUGUCAUAUGCUUCGUAAACAACAGGUGUAGAGUAACAGAGAAAUGCUUACUUACGGGCGCUUUCCAACAGCGCAGAGAAUAGAAAGUAAAGAAUAAUAACACAAGGAAUAAAUGCAGAAUGUGUAACGAUGAGGCUAUGUUGGAGCUACAGACAGGACUUAAUCUUCAAGCACACUGCCUGCAUUCUACAGUGCUAUCAGAGUCAGUGUGUGAACAACACACACUCAGGGGUCAUCCAUGCUUUGUCUCUGUGGUCAUUGGAGUGCAUUAGCUCAGCCUCACCACUGUUGGCAUUGCUUGAGAAACACGCGUUAUUAUAGGCCAGUGUCCACUAAAAACUGCAUCGUUGAUUAAGGGCUUGUAAGUAAGCAUUUCAUGGUAAGGUCUGCACCUAUUAUAUUUGGCGCCUGUAACAAAUAACAUCUGAUUUGAUUUAUUUGAUUUGAACAAUCCCAUUUCAAAGCAUCUCCUAUUGUCACUGAAUGUAUAUUUUACUGUAAUGACUAGGGCCUGGAGUUUUUCCUGAUUAGGACAUGUGAUUAGUGAAAACUCAGGCCCCUAGUCAUGGAAUAUUUGCUUAUGUCCAUUCAAAAUGGCCUUCUUCCCUGUGGUUGUCUGAUCAGCCUUACAUUUUGGUGUUUAACAGGUCAGUACACCUGUAAGGAUGGCAAGAACAGCCCCUGUCUGGUGUACGUCAGCUUCAACCACAAGAUUUAUGUUUACUGGAGAGUGGAGCUGGAGCGCAUGGAGCCCACCCACCUCCUUAGGGUCCUGGAGGAGAGGCCAGAGUUCAAGGCCCUGCUGGAGCAACUGGGAGUGGGUGAGUUGGAGUUAAACAACAAUGUAAACCUAAAAGCUACUCGCACUCAAACCAUAUCAAGAAAAAAAUGAAGUAGGUCUAACCUCAUCCCCAGGCUCAUUACUAGGGAGAGCCGACAGGUGGACUAAGUAGGUCGAAAUACAAAAAUGAUCUUAAAUGUAAUUGAAUUAGACAGCAGCACCAGGUAGAAAGCUCCUGGGUUUGCCUGUCCACCAUUUUGUUUAGUUCCCCAUUAACUCAGCUAAUGCUACCUGACACAUAAACAGUGCAUCUACAGUUCUGUAUUCAUGUACUCUAACUCAACUCGUCCAAAUGUAUGUAAAGCCUGUCCCUGCCAGCAGACUGUUGUUCUGAUGAGUGACUGGAGUAUUUCUAGAGGCAGGGGCUGUAAUCCAGGGGACCACUCUCUCUUCAUCUCUCUCUCUCUCUCUGCCUCUCUUCUUCGCUCUCUCUAUCCCAGGGGAAUUCUCUCUCAGCAGGCUAGCAACACUGUCAAAGGGCUGCCCAGAUUCACAAACACAUCACACACGCACACACACCCUCGCACGCACACACGCACACACGCACUGAGGGACACAUACAGAGAAUUCAUCACACAGCUGCUCAUUAUAGGAUGUGGGUGGAAAUACACAGGACAGACUGGGGAUAUAUAUUAUACGUAUAUAUUGUGAAUAGAGAGAAAUAGUAAUGGUGUCUUUUUGUAGGCACUCUGCCAUGGUUAGUUGGGAAAAGCCUAUUGGCAAAUGAAAGGAGUUUUUGUAGGGUUUUUGGAUAAACGCAGAAAAUAAAGUCAGUGGUCAACACAGGCUUAAGAGAUCUUAUACGUUUUGUUCUAUGAAAUAAUCUUCAUCAGCUAACGUCACUUUUUGUGAAUUCUGAAGCAUUUAUGUAAUUUAAAAAAGCAUGUAAAGCACAUUAAAGGUUUCGUAAUUCAUGAAGGUCAUGUUAACUGACUAAUGAAUUAAUGAAUGAGUAAAUGAAUGAUUUACUGAUAUUAUCUCAUAGAACAAAACGUAUAGGAACUUCUAAGCCUGUGUUAACCUCAGACCUUAUUUUCGGCGUUUAUCCCAAAACCCCAUUCUUUCCUCAUUCAUUUCCCCCAUAGAAACGAACCAGAGGUAACUCAUUUCCGUUUUUUAGGACUACAUGCUGUCGAGUCUAUUCAUGCUUAGCUUUCCGCUCCAUGAGCACUAUCUCCAUCUGUCCCUGGCCUGUCCCACUAAUGAAUGACAUAGACUGCACUACAUAAUACAGUAGCUAGCUUCCUGUCUGUUUAUGUUUGUGUUGCAUAUGCAUGUACUGUGUGAGUGUGCAUGUGUACUAUACUCUGCUGCUCUGCAUGGCCCUCUCUGUAGGAGCCAGUAGCUGCUGUGCUCACAGAGUGACAGAUGGUCCAGCUACAGUGGGGAAAAAAAGUAUUUAGUCAGCCACCAAUUGUGCAAGUUCUCCCACUUAAAAAGAUGAGAGAGGCCUGUAAUUUUCAUCAUAGGUACACGUCAACUAUGACAGACAAAAUGAGAAAAAUAUUUCCAGAAAAUCACAUUGUAGGAUUUUUAAUUAAUUUAUUUGCAAAUUAUGGUGGAAAAUAAGUAUUUGGUCAAUAAAAAAGUUUCUCAAUACUUUGUUAUAUACCCUUUGUUGGCAAUGACACAGGUCAAACGUUUUCUGUAAGUCUUCACAAGGUUUUCACACACUGUUGCUGGUAUUUUGGCCCAUUCCUCCAUGCAGAUCUCCUCUAGAGCAGUGAUGUUUUGGGGCUGUCGCUGGGCAACACAGACUUUCAACUCCCUCCAAAGAUUUUCUAUGGGGUUGAGAUCUGGAGACUGGCUAGGCCACUCCAGGACCUUGAAAUGCUUCUUACGAAGCCACUCCUUCGUUGCCCGGGCGGUGUGUUUGGGAUCAUUGUCAUGCUGAAAGACCCAGCCAUGUUUCAUCUUCAAUGCCCUUGCUGAUGGAAGGAGGUUUUCACUCAAAAUCUCACGAUACAUGGCCCCAUUCAUUCUUUCCUUUACACGGAUCAGUCGUCCUGGUCCCUUUGCAGAAAAACAGCCCCAAAGCAUGAUGUUUCCACCCCCAUGCUUUACAGUAGGUAUGGUGUUCUUUGCAUGCAACUCAGCAUUCUUUGUCCUCCAAACACGACGAGUUGAGUUUUUACCAAAAAGUUAUAUUUUGGUUUAAUCUGACAUUCUCCCAAUCCUCUUCUGGAUCAUCUAAAUGCACUCUAGCAAACUUCAGACGGGCCUGGACAUGUACUGGCUUAAGCAGGGGGACACGUCUUGCACUACAGGAUUUGAGUCCCUGGCGGCGUAGUGUGUUACUGAUGGUAGGCUUUGUUACUUUGGUCCCAGCUCUCUGCAGGUCAUUCACUAGGUCCCCCCGUGUGGUUCUGGGAUUUUUGCUCACCGUUCUUGUGAUCAUUUUGACCCCACGGGGUGAGAUCUUGCGUGGAGCCCCAGAUCGAGGGAGAUUAUCAGUGGUCUUGUAUGUCUUCCAUUUCCUAAUAAUUGCUCCCACAGUUGAUUUCUUCAAACCAAGCUGCUUACCUAUUGCAGAUUCAGUCUUCCCAGCCUGGUGCAGGUCUACAAUUUUGUUUCAGGUGUCCUUUGACAGCUCUUUGGUGUUGGCCAUAGUGGAGUUUGGAGUGUGACUGUUUGAGGUUGUGGACAGGUGUCUUUUAUACUGAUAACAAGUUCAAACAGGUGCCAUUAAUACAGGUAACGAGUGAGGACAGAGAAGCCUCUUAAAGAAGAAGUUACAGUUCUGUGAGAGCCAGAAAUCUUGCUUGUUUGUAGGUGACCAAAUACUUAUUUUCCACCAUAAUUUGCAAAUAAAUUCAUUAAAAAUCCUACAAUAUGAAUUUCUGGAUUUUUAUUCCUCAAUUUGUCUGUCAUAGUUGACGUGUACCUAUGAUGAAAAUUACAGGCCUCUCUCAUCUUUUAAGUGGGAGAACUUGCACAAUUGGUGGCUGACUAAAUACUUUUUUCCCCACUGUACCUGACACCAGUGGAGGCUGCUGAGGGGAGAACGGCUCAUAAUAAUGGCCGGAACGGAGCUUCCUGUUCCUGCAGCAUGUGUUAAUAAUUGAGCCUCUGGGUGUGUUGGUGCUCCUCUUUGCGAUUUCAGAGAACUGUUACCUAACUCAUCAUGAGACACAUAGUGGUCAUGGAGACCGAGGGCUGAGGAGGGAGAGAGAGAGGGGGGGGGGGGGGGUUGGGAGAGAGCGAGAGAGAGAGAGAGAGGGAGGGGAAAGGAGGUAGAGAGAGAGAGCGAGAGAGAGGGGGUUGGGAGAGAGUGAGGGAGGGAGGGAGGGGAAAGGGGUAGGGGGAGAGAGAGAGAUAGUGAUGUUAGUGGGGAAGAAAGAGAGGGGGAGAGGGCAAUAUAGGGUUUGGAAGAGAGAGGGAGUGAGGGAGAGGCUCAAAGAGAGGGAGAUGUUAGAGAGAGAAAAAGAGCGACAGACGAGAUCUACUGUAGCUAGAGAGAGGGAGGUCAUUAUGGCUAAACCCAGCUAGCAGUGUGACAUCAGCUUAUUGCUGAUAGAUAGCGCUGCCUGUGUGUGUGUAGCUGUCGCCUGUCACCAAGUCUGAGUUCCACACACAAUGGUACACAUCUUCACCCACCCAUCACAAAUAACAACCAAACACAUCCCCCUUCUCUGACUCUGUCGACAGAACUGAGAUUUUAUAUAUGAGUCAUUGCUUAAUAACAAGGAAGGGGGUAAAGUAAAUGUAGCUAUGGUGUGUUUUAUGUUGUUUAUCUAGAAGCUUCUUUUCUCUGACUUCACAUUGUGUGAAAAUGCAGGAGAGAGGCAUAUUUGUUAUACCUGUGGGGACUUUUAUCUCUCUCUGCUUGUGUUUAUUUCAGCAGUAAAUGAAUAGACUGAGUGUCUUCUCAGCGGUGUUGCCAUGCAGAUGGUAUUUACAUUGUACCACCACUCCCAGGUGUUUUACUGUUGCAAACUAAAACAUUUAUGUUAAGUGAACCUGUGUACCUGUCUGCAGUAUGUCAUUACUAUGUAAAUAUGUGUUUUAACAACACUUAUAAAGUUGUACCCUCAACAAGAAAGCGAGGACAUGCAGCUACUACAUACUACCUGUGUGCAUCUCUUGAUUUAACAUCCUGCCCUAAUGCAUUUUCAUGAAGGGGCGAGCUACGUGAAUGGUCCAUCCGUAAUGCAUGCCAUCCUGCUUCUGCAUGAUGAUGUCACACUUUCUGCUUUGCCUUCACUAAGCAACCAUUGUCAUGCUUUCUAAACUCCCCAGUCUAAGUGAAUGCAGGUAGAAGAGCUUCACAGAGCAGCAGGGAGCUCCUGCAUUGGCUCAGCUGGGAUGUAUUAUUCAUCUAAAACAGUGCUCUCAUCUACAUUUCAUAACCCACUCUGACUCAACCCCACUAAAGACAGAGUUGAAUACAGAGCAGUCCCAGCUCCCUCAGAGGGAUUCGAACCUGUAACCUUUAGAUCAGAAGGCUCCCAUACCGCCAGAGGACAGACAGGUCAUAUGAUCAGUAUCUGAUCAAAGAUCAAGGGUCAUGGCCAUCAUUUGUGUCUCUGACAGACACGGAGGCCGUGAGAGAACUGGUGGGAGACACGCUGUAUGGACACUUGCUGAAGAAGCUGGCCGGAUAAAAAAAACAUGACCCUCACCUCCCCCCCCCCCUCUCUUUUUCUCCUCAUUAAUGUAAAUACUCUGAAUAAAGGCUGAAUCACACACUGACUGUUAGUUGUCUCAUGUUUUUGGUAGAAUCCUAUUAUGAAACGUGUCUGUUUUGCCUAGCUCAGCUUGUAUCUAUUUCAUGCUGUCUCACUGUCUCAGAUCUCCCCUCUGGCAUAGUUAUUUGUAUUCCAUGCACCAGACUAGUUUAGAAAUAGGGUCUAGAAGAC